GUUUUUUUCUCCCCACAUCUAUCGAGAAUAAUUAUUGAUGUCUAGCGACGGCGAAAACGAAGUUUCCCAAGGUCCAGCAUGCGUUCAAUGUCGCAAGAGGAAACAUAAAUGUUCCAGAGGAGAACCUUGUCAAUCCUGUUUGGCCAGUGGUGCUAUGUGCUAUUACGCCGAGUUCAAAAAGAGGGGGGCAAAACCUGGAUAUAUAGAGACCCUCACCAAGCGAAUGGACCAGUUGGAAUCUAUUGUUCUCGGACAAUCGUUGCUUCUCGCAUCGCAAGGUUUGGUACCAAAAACAGACGGUCCCUUGUCGCAAAAGUUGGAACAUUUGCGCAGUGGGCUCAUGCUCAAUGCGGACCAAAAUGGCACGAUCUCGCAGUACGAGACUUCUCAGAAUGAUCGCAAAAGAAAGCGCUCAUUCAGCAAUGAGUCCGAAACAGACAACAUACUGCCUCCUGAAAACCUCUUGAAGGAGCUUUGCAAACUGUAUUUUCAGCAAAUACACCCAUGGAUUCCUAUCUUACAUCGGUCGACCUUUGAGGAGAAAUGCAAGUCACCAAAUCGAAGCAACACCGUUUUACAGGCGAUUACAGCAGCUACUAUUAAGUUUACUAAUCUGGAUCAAAUGGAGCAAGAUUACUAUUAUAAGCGAUGUCGCCAGGCUGUACUGUUAGCAUCCAUGGACCGAUUCUCGGUUGAAACGCUUCAGGCGAGUAUUAUCAUCGCCUACGACACUAUUGGAAGUGGAAGAGGACCACGUAGCUGGUCAAUCGUGUCUUCAGCCACCCGAGUAGUCGAACAACUGGGCCUUGCUGGAGAGGACGACGAUAUGGAUACCAACAAGCUUCUCAAUAGAGUAGGGUUUUUGGUUCCAGCAAAAAAUGUGACGGAAACAGAAGAGCGCAGGCGUAUAUUUUGGAGCAUAUUUCAAAUGGACCGAUUUUGCUCGGUGACCACUGGCUGGAACACGAGCUUGACAAGUUCAGAUGUAAAACGUCGCCUUCCUACUGAUGGCACAUUAUGGAAAGAAAAAAUCUACAAGAAAACUAGAUACUUCAACAUAUCGGAUCCGGAUGUGGACUCUACCGAUGUAAACGACGCUCUUGGAGGAUAUGCUUAUCUUAUAGAAGCGACUGAAUGUCUUAAUAGGGUGGCUUCAUUCUUGUUGCGUGAAAAGGUGAAUUUUACAACUAGAGAAGGCCUACGAACUUGGUUUGACGGAUUUCAAGCGCUCGACAGCAUGUUAGUUCGAUGGAAAACCUUUCUCCCGGAAAAGUGGCAAGUGGCUUCGGUACAAGCUGACGGCAAUAUGGAUGAAAAUUUAACUCUGGCGCAUAUUACCCAUAAUACGAGCGUGCUGUUACUACAUCACCAUGUAGCCUAUCCUCCAGCUGAUCUGAAUGUUCGUCUGCCUAGUCUGAAUUCAGCUCAGACUUGCUUUUCUGCCGCAUUGGAGAUUGCAACCAUUUCGUCCAAAUUUCUCAUCCACGUUCGAAUCACUGUUUCACCUCAAUUUGCAUUUUGUCUCUUUGUGGCCGCUAGGACAGUGUUAGCUCACUCAAUUCAUUGUAACGCUGAAUUGGACGGAAGCUUUGGUGUACUGGUGAACUCUCUCAGGGAAAUUUCCAGUAGAUGGAAUGCGAAUGGACCCAAACAAGAUAAUCUCGCUAAUAAACUCGCAAACAAACUGGAAAACGCUCGAAAUAUGAACUCACCCAUCAAUGCACGAAAGGUUGUGUUCGAGGAGGAGGAAGGGAUUGGCAGCAUGUUUUCGCUUGCCUCACCAUCAUUUGUUGAUGGAUUCCGAAGCAUAUCAUAUCAGCCGGUGACUCCAUCAAGUGGACACGACAUAACGGACAACAACAUCGAGCCAUCUUCCGGAAUGAGCACAAACUCUGUCACCGAAUUCGAGCUACCCAACACUUUGACCGAUUUUGAUCAUAUCUUUAUGUGGGCGGACUAUCCUCGCAACGUACGAGACCCAUUACAAUGAUGCAACAAAAGAUGUUAAUUAAUAUAAGUGUACAUAAUAAACUUUUACUUUCUGAAGGAUUUCAUUUCUUUCUCCUCAUUUCACUGCUUACA